UCUGCAUGUCACCGUUAGUUUUUUGUUUUUGUCUAUCAUGUGCAGCAGAUAGACAUUCCCCCAGAUUUUAAUAGAAAUUUACGAAAAAUUACAUAAAACGAUAAUUUUUAAAUAAAAAAGUCAUGUUAAAUAUUUGUACCAAAACUUUGUGGAGAUGUCAGUCUUUAAAACAAACUUUUCGAAUCUUAGCGGCUCAAAAAUACGCUUCAUUUUCUGUAAAAGAUAUUCUUUAUGAAACAUCAGAUGAAGCCGGUACUCUAAUAACACGUUUUGCCAAACAUGUUGCCCAGGAGCGUCAAAAGAUAUGUGAACAAGUUCCCAGCGAUGUGAAAUAUUCCGAUUAUUUUCCUGUAAGUGAUAUGAGAUAUUUUGAAAAAGAAUUAAGAAAUACACCCAAGGAACAAUUAGCGGCUGUCAUCAUUUAUGCUUUUACCUAUCGUUCCAAUGCUGAUCCGAAUAAAUUCGCCAUCAUACUUAAUCUACUAGAUAGUCAUGCUUUGCAUAAUGUUGACGACAUGAGUGCUGACACAAUAUUGAGAACAUUGUAUUCUUUUCUGUUCCUCAUACCGAAUUGGAUGACACGUUUGGAUUUCUAUGGUCGUGCUAUGCAACGUUUGUAUGAAGAAUUCGAAAAGGAUACCAACAAAUCCAAGGAACAGUUUGUACAAUUGUGUUUCUACAUGGGUCUAAGUAAGAAACAAACAAAAUACAAUGUUAAUAAAUUGUUAAAAUCUCUCAUGGAGUCUCGUUUAAGUGAUUAUAUGAAGGAAAUGAGUACCGUAGAUAUGGCUUUGGUUAGUAAUGCUGCCUAUAAGACCUCUAACGUAAUAAAAAGUGAUGAGUUCAAUCAACGUUUAUUAAAAGAAGUGCUGGACAUUUCAAACACCUCAAAUGGCAAUGAUGCUCUAUUAGUUAGUUUUAUUAAAUCCAUGCGUCUGCAACGUCUGCAUUCUCCCAUAGUGUGUGAAUAUAUUGCUAAUAUUUGUCAGGAUACACAGAAAUUGCAACAAUUACAAGCCAGGGGGCAAGUACAUCUAUUUGCUUAUCUGGCUGAAAAUCUAUGGGACAGUAAGGAGUGUACACAACCUCUAAUAGAAGCAAUUACCGAACAAAUUACCCUUUCUCGCAGAAGAACUGCAGGCCAUAGCGCCACAAUUAGAGGCAAAGAUAUUGCUACAUUUUUAUGGUCUUGUGCCCAAUUGAAUUGUAGUUUGUCUUCAAUACAAUUUAGAACUAUAGAAAACAGCCUGCUAGACAAACUUAACACCAAAGAAUUUAAUUACUUCACCGACCAACUAGUAGAAUGUUGUUUAUGUCUUUGGACUUUGGGCUACAAAACGAAAGAACUUUUACAAGCAGCUGUACAAUUGAAAUCCGAAUCUACCGUUAAACGUCAACAACCAAAAGUAGAAAGUCGUUUUACCGUUCUAUUGUCUGCGGCACAAAUAGAAGAACCAGACUGGUGUGCAACAGUGAUCAAAGGCUUUGAAGCUUUUAAUCUUAAAGCUAAAGUUCACUCAUAUCUUUUCAACAACCAAGAUAUACCAUAUCAAGAUAUUAUAAGCCAGUUAUUAAAAGAGGAAUUUGUAACAUCCGCCAAUAUUUCUUAUCCCAUCAAUGGUAUUAAUAUACCAGGUAUUCAUGUGAAAUUAGCUGCACCCUCCCACAAUCAAGUAUUUCUAGAGUUUAUGACACCAACACAAACAUUACAUUUCUCUAAGGAACCUGUAGCUAUUCUAAGAUUAAAAUUACGUCUUUUGGAAUCUUUGGGUCAUAAAGUUAAAUUGCUUUCUUUAUCAAGUGCUCUUGAUUCGGAAUCUUUAAAGAAUGCUUUAAUAGAGUGCUCUGAAUCCGAUGCAGAUAUUAAAGAACCAACAAAGAGUAGUAUUAAGGCAUAAAGUAAAUUAAAUAGCUAUUAGUAGUUCGAAAUUUGUUUUUAUGUUAUAUUUUGUAUUGAGUACCUGGUAAAAUAAACUUAAUAUAACGAUCUUAUAUAGUUAA